CCGAAAGGAAAGCGGCUUACGGGUACGCUCUGCCUCUGAAGAAAACUUCAGACUGUCAAAAUCUUUUUCCGCAUUUAGAUCUUUCAACAAUUAACGUUCUUAGGUCUAGGGUUUCGAUCUUCCUAAUAUAAUCUCUGCUUUUUGCGGCUCCCCGGAGCGUGGUCCUUCUAAUCCAGGCAUGGAAUCUAAUCUGGUUAUCAAGGUUAAGUAUGGAGAUACCCUUAGACGUUUCAGUGCUCGUAUUAAUGAAAAUAGGCAGCUGAAUCUUGACAUGGCUGGACUGAGGGCAAAAAUAUUUGAUCUCUUUAGUUUCGCACCUGAUGCUGAACUUGCUUUGACUUAUAUUGAUGAAGAUGGUGAUGUAGUCACUCUUGCUGAUGAUGAUGAUCUGCAUGAUGUGACAAGGCAGAACCUCAAAUUCUUGAGGAUUAAUGUGCAGCUCAAUAUUGCGGACUUUUCCAAGUCUUCCGCAAGAUCAAGUGGAACUUCUACUCCCUUAAGGUCCUUGCAAGUUCAGCAUCCUUCACAGAAUAUCAACACCUGUGCAUCUGAGUUUUUAAAAUCUCUUCCAGAGCCUCCCCUGGAUGCCAUUUCAAAGCUGUCCCUUGACCUUGCUUCAAAAGCUUUAUCUGCCAACCCACUGCUCACUGAUCUUGUUGACCAUCUUUCCAAGGUGAGACAGUCAUUCCUGGAUGCUACUUCUCAGACUUCAGCAGCUAGUGGCACGAACAGGCAGGGUGGGUCUUCUGAGGGCCUUGUGACUCCAUUAGUGCCAACCAUGCAAAAUCCUUCAACUGACAGUGGCCUGAGAUACAUUUUAUCACAGUCUGCAUCUGCAAAUUUAGUUUGCAAAGGCGGCCAGGAGACUGGUGCUGGAAAUGUGGCGAGUGAUGUCAAGACACAAGUCGUCCCUGAAUCUGUUACUGUUGAUCUAAACCUUGAGUCUACUUCUGAAUCUGACCUAUCAGUAUCUACUGGGGUGAAAUCAAUCCCAGCUUUAUCAAAUGUUGUUGCUGGUGAUGACAAGAAUGAUAAGAACAGAGUUAAUGACCAUUCCAAGAAGGGUGUUGGUUUCCCUGUUUUGGAUGAUCCUAAGAGGAAUGCACAAUAUUACCAUACCAAAGCUUUGGCCAGAAAUCCUUCAAAUGAAUGUCCCUUCAGUGGAGUGUCCAUAGCUAAUGACCCUGCUGUCCCUCCUUAUUCACAGCCUGGUACAUUUAACUGGUGUCAUAUGCCUUUUAGUGGGAUGUCUGGAAUUUUCCACCGGGGGGUUCAGUGUGAUGGAUGUGGUAUUCAUCCAAUUGCUGGACCUCGGUUCAAGUCCAAAGUAAAAGAAGAUUAUGACCUCUGCGGCAUUUGCUUUUCAAAACUGGGUAAUGAAGCAGAUUAUGUCAGAAUGGACAGGCCUGUGUCUUACCGUCAUCCUCGAUGUAUCAAGUCAAUUGGAGCUGGUGGCCCAGCACUGCCAAAUAUCUGGAGAAAUCAUGGGAUGAAGUUUGGUCGGCCUAAGCUAGAUAGUCGCUUCGUUUUGGAUGUAAAUAUACUGGAUGGUACUGUAAUGGCUCCAUCCACUCCAUUUACAAAGAUCUGGCGAAUGCGUAACAGUGGAAACUUGCCCUGGCCCAACUGUUCAAAACUUGUCUGGAUUGGGGCGGACAAAUUCAGUGAUGCAGUCUCAGUUGACAUAGAGACUCCCAUGGAAGGGGUACCUAUAGAUGGGGAACUAGACAUUGCAGUUGAUUUUACUGCACCUGAGUUGCCUGGUCGUUAUAUUUCCUACUGGCGGAUGGCAUCUCCCUCUGGCACAAAAUUUGGACAACGUGUUUGGGUUCUUAUUCAGGUUGAUGAAUCUCUGAAGGACUCUAUUUGUGGUAGUCUCCAAGGCUUGAACUUGAAUUUGCCCCCAGCAAGCAGUGGUCAGAGAGACUUUAUGGAUAUGGAUAGUGGUUCUGCAGUAGAUGUCACUGUCACCAUGCCAAUAACACCAAUGGUUGACCAACAGUCAAACAAGGAGCAGGUACCCACUUACGGAAUUAACAAUCAUUUGCUGGUUGUUGAUGAUGUCCCAGUCUCUUCUCCUAUACAGGCUCAAGCUUUUGCUCCUCCAGAAGCUCUGUUAGCCGCACUUACCCAAAAGGCUCCAUCCUCUGUUCCUCCAGAGUCUCCAACAGUCUCAGUUUCUGCUCAGACUCCACUAGCCUCUGUUUCAGUGCUGCCUUUGUCAGCCCAUGCUCCUCCAAAGUACCCAUCGCCUUCAUCUGAGGCAUAUCCCAUCAUUGCUCAAGGUUUCCCAACCCCUGAAUCAUCUACACCUGUUUCAGCUGAGGAUUUCCUUCUUGCUGGAUCCACCCAACCACCAACCACACUUCCAGAGGUUAUGCCAUCAUCAUUACAAGGUAGUGUUGAAAGCAGUGUUCUUGAACAGACUCUUCUUAAGGAACUUGUAGAGAUGGGUUUCAAGCAGGUUGAUUUGAACAAGGAGGUCUUGAGGUUGAAUGAUUAUGAUUUGGAGAAGUCCAUUGAAGAUCUGUGUGGUGUUGCUGAGUGGGAUCCAAUUCUUGAGGAGCUUCAGGAGAUGGGCUUCUGUGAUGCAGAAACGAACAAGAAGCUGCUGAAGAAGAACAAUGGGAGCAUCAAGCGUGUGGUCAUGGAUCUUCUAACUGGAGAGAAGGCUUAAAUGAGUAUUUAUCCCCUAUUUAAUAAGUUGAUGCUAUAAAUAAAAUCUGUGGCAACUUCUUACCAAAGAAGCGUGUAAUCUUUUUCCAUGCUGCUGCUUGUAUUCUCAGUGGCUCUAGACAUUGUAGUUGGUUUCUAAACAAUCGACCAGACAUGGUAUUCCAUGUAUAUAUCUGUUUAUAGUUAAUUAUAUCCAUGUUUUAGGGCAAAAUCCCAUAGAAUGUCCUUUU